AUUGUAAUUUGUAAAUAAUACAAUUUAUUCAUUUCCUUUUUUAUUUGAUUAAAGUCCUAUUUUCACUCCUAUAGUAUGUGUUUUUUUCUAUCAUCAUAUUUGAAGAAGGGGCACAACAAUACAAUCCUGCUCAGGACACACAUUUGGCCAGCAGCAGCCCUGCACCGUGAUAUCAAUUCGACAUCUAAUAUUAGUCCAGACUUGAUCAAGAUGCUGGAACAUCUCUUUACUGUCCGCUUGUUUGAUUUCUUCUGUGGUUAUUGGGUGAAAACAGGAAGUGAAUCCCAGACUGAAACUGGUUUAAUGUAUGUGUAGGCCAAAAUGUUUGAUGUUCAAUUUAAUCAAAUCAACAUCAUGUCAAGUUUUUGACGUCAGUUUGAUCUGCAUAUUUUUGUUUACACGCUGAAAAAAAAUCCUGUGAAGUUUGUUUCACACUAGCUGCGCUUUUAUUUUGACAGCGUCACUGUUACGCGCUGACGUCAUCCCGCAGCGUCAGAGAGUGUUUCCUGAAUGCUGAGGUGUCCGUGUAGAUAUUUACAUAGAGACGUGUCGCCUGUUCUAGAGGAGUGACAGCAUGGAUCGUCCGGAGACCACCUUCACUCUGGCGUAUAUCGUGUUCGCGCUGUGCUUCGUGUUCACGCCGAACGAGUUCCGCUCGGCCGGCUUCACGGUGCAGCACAUGUUCUCUCCGUGGCUGGGCAGCGAGGACAUGGGCUUCAUCCAGCACCACGUCCGGAGGAGCGCCCUGACCGCGCUGCUGCACUGCUGCCUGCCGCUCGGAUACUACGCAGGGAUGUGUUUGGCCGCUCCGGAGCAGGAUCUGCUGCAGGUGCACCGGGCGGCUCGGGGCUGGCAGCUCUACUUCUGCUUCUCUCUGACCGUGCUGCUGCUCGGCUGUGUUCUUGUGUUCGUCUGGUCCAGGCGCGGCUGGGAGAAUCACCCCAUCUGCCGGGCGCUCAGUGCUCACGCUUUACAACGCUCCAGCUGGAGAGCCGUGGCCUCGUCCAUCAACACUGAGUUCCGGCGCAUCGAUAAGUUCUCGUCGGGCUGUCCGAGCGCCAGAGUGAUCGUCACUGACUCCUGGGUGAUGAAGGUCAGCACAUACUCCCUGCACAUCGCCCUGCAGCAGGACUGUCACCUGACCGUCACCGGCUCCACGCAGCACAGUCUGUCUCCUGAGCUCAACACACCGCUGCAGAUCCUCACCAUCACUGUGGCCAGCAUCAACCCCCGCGUCCAGCCCUUCCUCAUCAGGCUGAAGUCCACGGAGUACGCAGAGCUGCAGGAGAAACUGCACGCACCCAUCAGAAACGCUGCCAAUGUGGUCAUCCAUCUGACCAUGAGCGAGCUCUUCCUGGAGACCUUCAAGACGUACGUGAAGAUGAACGCCGUGUACGAGUGUCCGAGUGGACAGGAGCUGGAGCCGUGUAUCGGCUGUAUGCAGGCCCGCGCCGCUGUGAAGCUGCUGCGUCUGUGUCAGGCGGACGGCGAGGGAGAGUGUCAGCAGUGCUUCUGUCGGCCCAUGUGGUGUCUCACCUGUAUGGGGAAGUGGUUCGCCAGCCGUCAGGACCAGCAGACGCCGGAGACGUGGCUCAGCAGCAGGGUCCCGUGUCCCACCUGCAGGGCCAAGUUCUGCAUCCUGGACGUCUGCUCCAUCGAAUGAGGACAGCGCCCCCUAAACCUCCGUGCCUCCAACUACAAUCACAUGUGAAGAUGAGACUGAACUCUACUGUGAUGAAGCUGCUGUGUCACAUCUGAUGGUAAUCUCUAUGAGCACCAUCACGUCUCUGCCGCACUCGAUCUCCUGCAUGCAUUCUGUCUCUGAUUACAGUCUGUACGUCUUUAUCCAGUAAAAGCUCUUUUAUUGUCCCAGUGUCCAGCUUCAGCUUCUGCUGUCAGAUCUUGUCUGAUCAUGAUCAAGUAAUAUCUCCAGAUGAACUCUUACUGAACUGAGCUCAGCUUCACUUGAUUCUCCAUCAAUCAUGUUUUAGAGUCUCACAUCUGAUCCUCAGGAUCUUUUGAGGAGCUUUACUUUCACUGUUCCUCAGCGGAGGAAUGAUCUUCACAAGCCUCCAGAACAUCUCACAUCUUCUGAGGAGCCUUGAUUUCUCCAGCUCUCCAUCACUGUGUUAUAUGUGCGGAUCAUCUACAUCUCAUCUCAUUACUGGAGAUAUAGAGCACAGACUCAGAUUCAGAUCAGUUUAUACCAGUAUCUGCUAAGAGCUCACUGGUUUACAUCACAAACAGCAGAAUUUCAUCACGAUUUAUUCAUAUAAUAUCAGCAUCAGCAGCAUAUGUUAGCUCAGUUUGGACCUUGUUUUUUCUUCUAUAUUCUGACUAUAUCAGACUGUAUGAGCCACAGAAGUCUGAUGGAGCAAAUAUGAUACUCAACAAAAAACAUAUGCAACAUUUUUGUUUGUAUUUUUCUAGGGAUGUAAAGAUUCAAUAAACUGUUCUAAAUAAUAAAUAACUUUUUUAUAUAUAUAUUUGAUGUUCAACACAAUUAAAUAUAAUAUUUUUCAACACUUAUGCUAAAGCUGGGAUAUUUCGGGGGGACAGUCAGAGGGUAAGCGUAGCUCCUGAGUGUAAGUGAGUGUAAGUGUGUAUUCUGGAAGAUUACAGUGAUGAAGCGGUCCUCUCUGUGCUGGACCCACGGUCUGAAGGCCAUCAUCACAGCCUCAGAACAACUGAUGGAGCGAGGGAGGGAUCUGUGAGGAAGAUCCUGCUCUUCAUCCAGCUCCUGCUGUACAUAAACAACGUUUUCUGUUUUUUCUUUGAGGGAACAUGAGCAGAUUUAUUAUAUUGAGCUGAUCAUCGAAUAAACAAUGUUUAUGAUAGAAUUCAAAUAGAAUGACUGAGAUCUUUGAGGAUUUAACACCGUGUUCUUGUAUUUCUGCAAAUCCUGUAAUAAUAAUAAACAUUUAUUUGUAAAGC